AUGGCGGCGGGGCUGCGGGAGCCCAGCCCAGGUCACCUUGUAAUGGAAGACAGUGGAGCUGACCAUGAUAUUGCUAUGGAAGGAUCUAACGAUUUGCUCAUAGGCAGCUGUAAUGGUACAGGAGAAUCAGAAACAAAUUAUCAGAUUUUUCAGCAACUAACGUACAUGGAUUCCAGGGAUCUAUUGUUUGGCCAGAGCGACUCUUCCCCAGCCCUGCCCAUCACAGUCCCCCUCUCGGGCAGUCCUCCUGCAUCGGCUGUGCCGGCGCGGCCGCCCCAGCCACGGUCCCACUCUGCCGAGGAAUUCCACCUGGCAGAGCAGCCCAGGCAGCCGCUGUGUGAGCUGCAGCCCCUGGGAGGCCCCAGUGCACCCAUGAUGAUUGUUGCCAGCCAGUCAGAAAAUGGACAGGUGCUGCAUGUCAUUCCUUCUGCCCAGCCAGGAGUGACCCAAGUGAUUAUUCCUCCAGGUCAGCUUCUGGAUGUGACCAGCACGCAGGAUAUUUCAGAAGAGAAGUGUGGUGAUGGGAACCUGCAGACUGUGGUGGUGGCUUCUAUAGCAGACAAUGCAAGCAGUUACAUUCUACAUCCACAGACAUCUCUCACCGUUUCAAAAAAAACAGCCACCAGGGUAGUGGAAGAUUCUUUUCCCAUCCCUCUUCAGCCAUUGCCACUAGAUACGCCUGCAUGGGCGCGCUGUCUCAGGAACUGUGAGAGAAUUGGGGACUCGUACCGCGGCUAUUGUGUGAGCGAGGCAGAGUUAGAGAGCGUUCUCAUGCUACACAAGCAGCAAACACAGAGUGUGUGGGGGACGCGCCAGUCUCCAAGCCCAGCCAAACCCGCCACACGGUUGAUGUGGAAAUCUCAGUAUGUCCCAUAUGAUGGGAUCCCCUUUGUCAAUGCAGGAAGCAGAGCCAUUGUAAUGGAGUGCCAAUAUGGGCCAAGGAGGAAAGGAUUUCAGCCCAAAAAAGCUGGUGAGCAGGAAAGCACCUCUAGCCAGCUGUACAAAGCCACUUGUCCAGCAAGGAUCUAUAUUAAAAAGGUUCAAAAGUUUCCAGAAUACAGGGUUCCUACUGAUCCUAAAAUUGACAAGAAAAUAAUAAGAAUGGAACAGGAGAAAGCAUUCAACAUGCUGAAGAAGAACUUGAUAGAUGCUGGUGGUGUCCUCAGGUGGUAUGUACAGUUGCCUACUCAGCAAGCCCACCAAUAUCAUGAAAUGGAAACUUCCUGCCUCCCUCCUUCACCGUCCCAUCUUUCUAUGUCUUCUCCUGAGGAGGAGGAGGAAGUCAUUAGAGAUGAGAACAGUACUCUGCCUUCUCGACUUCAUCCUCAAGUGGCAGACAAGAUCCGAGAACUGGUGUCUCAGGGAGUAGAGCAGGUCUAUGCAGUGAGGAAGCAACUAAGAAAGUAUGUGGAAAGAGAAUUGUUCACACCUGAUGAAGUGCCAGAAAGACAUAACCUGUCCUUCUUCCCCACUGUGAAUGACAUCAAGAACCACAUUCAUGAAGUGCAGAAGUCCCUAAGGAAUGGAGAGAUGGUGUAUAAUUCAGAAAGUAUCCCAGCAACGCUGCAAUGGACCACAGACAGUGGGAAUGUCCUCACAGAAACAGUGACUGUUGCAUUUGCCUCACCACCUCCAGAUGGGAGCUCAGGAGUGGAGUCAGUCAUCACCAAAGCAGAAUCCAGCCAGAGUGGGGAGACCUUGAUACCAGAAACAGCUCAGCUCUUGUCUUCACUCUCUUCACUUCAGCCCAAGAUAUUUGCACAACUUCAGGGAUUACAGUUGCAGUCAGCGUUUACCUCAACAAAUGGAUCAACAGCCCUGCUAGCUGUAAAUAACCAUUCCCCUCCCAGCCCUGCAGGUCUCCUGGAUUCCCUGGGGGGUGCAAUAGGCAGCCAAUCUCUAGCACUGAGUCAGGGGCAGAGUCUGCAAGCAGGUGCUGGCCUAACACAGGACAGUGCUGCUGCACCUGCUUUUGGGGCUCUGCCUGGCUCUGAUCAGAGUCUGGUUGCCAUGGGCCAGCUGGUACCAGCUGAAGGGGUGGAUGACUCCAGAGGCCUGGAAGGAGGAAUGCAUCAAAUUCUCUUGGGAGAUGUGCAUGCUAUUCCACUACGGAUUGUGGACAACCAGCCAGCACUUACUGAAGAAAAUACAGAGAGUGUUGUUACUUGUGUGAGCCAAGUUAAACAAGAACCAAAAGAAAAAGCAUUGUCUAUGGGAACAGAUAAAAUCAGAGACUGCCACAGUUCCUCACCAUAGUUCUUCACCUUCACCUGUGAAGCCUGGAAGGAUUUUUCAAAUUGGAGAACUCUAAAUGUCUUGGAAGGAAAGGCAGGUGCUCUCAAAGUACUGCCAUUCUUUUUUAAUUGUUAUGACAUUCAGACUAAGCAUAUUUUAGGGUGCUGCUGACAGAAAGCUGUUUUGGUUUGACUGAUGUGGCUCACUGCCAACUCCAGGUCAUUCAGUUGCCCCGUGGAACACCACCUCUCUCUUCUGUUUCAAGUUUUGAGUAAUUUGGAUUCUAUCCAAAUGGCCCAUUUUGUUCAUUGUUUCUGAAGGUCUUCCACAAUUUAAUUCCUUGGCUUUAGAAUGUGAAUCACAAUGCUGGGUUCACAUUUUCUGCUUGAGACCCUUGACUCUUAUUGUACUACACAGACCAUAGAAUCUGUCAGCUCCAAGAUCACAGAAUCCAACAGCAAAGUGGAUCAGUAUGGCAAUGGUUUUGUGACAAAAGAAAGGUCCAGAAUGCUAAACUUCAAAGUGAUAAAGGACAUGGAUGUUUAAGAAAAUGCAACUUUGACCUGAUCAUAAUGUUAAUGGUGUGAAGAUCAAGGAGAGGAGAAAGCUCAGUAUCUGCCCAAAUGUCUCUUCCUUCACACUUAAGGCUUCCACAGAAAUCCCAAGCCCUCAGGCCCUCCAAUUCUCAGUGUUUCACUGUUGGACUGUUGAAGGAGCUGCUGAGUUCACUGCACAGAAGUUCUACAAGCCUUCAAGGAACGUGGAGAGCAUGAAGGUGUGUAAGAUCUUAUGAGAGGACCUGCAGGAAUGAAACAGAGGAGAUUCAAGUUUGAUGGCAUGACUUCUAUGUAAUGCACUUUCUUUGGUGGGAGGAAGAAGAUUUUCCAAUAGAGAAUAAAAAACAUGAAGCAUUCCAAACUAUCCCUCAAAACCACCAUGCUCAGAGCCUGAAAGGUUUGGCGCUUUUCUUCCUCUGUAGGUCGUCUUCCAUCUGUGCUGUGUUCAGUGUCUUGCAUCUAACAACAGAAUCCACAGUUAAUACCUAUCCCAUUACAUGAAGGUACUUUUUCAUUUGCAUAAUCUACCUGGUCACUUGACAGCAUGUCAGUAACAAUAUCUGCAAACCACCUUUUGUUGAUUAACAUCAGUCGCACAGUUCUAGAUGUGGCAGAUUUUCUUUGUGCAUGGACUUUGCAUUGGUUUAGUGAUACCAGUGGUGUCAAAAAUAGUCAAGUCUCAUGAACUGAGAGCCUUCUCUUGUGGAUUUGAUCUUGAUCUGAGCUCUGUCUGAGCUAGGGACAAAUUCUGAGGCUAUGCCCUUGUGUUCUGCAGUGCUUGUUGAGCAGAAGAAAAAUCUUCCAACUCCCAAGAACAGCUGCAUUUGUUUUUCUGCCUGAUGCAAAGCUGCUCCUAUUAAUCUCUUGAAAAAUGGCUCAUGGAAUUCUGCUUUCUUGCUUAAGGGAAGAUAAAGUCUCUGUGUAUGAAAACUUGGUGGAAAAUGUACAGAGAGUUGGGAGCGCCUAGAACAGUCGCCCUCAAGUGUACUGAAUUUAGGAAUAGGAGCUGAUAGACGGAAUAAGCAACUGAAGAAUAUCAUGAUGAAAGUAGGCAUUCUUGCUCUUUACAUAGCAUUGCCCUUACACAAUAAUGUUCUUAAAUAUGUUCCUUGACAAACAAUGGUCAGCAGUGAGAAGAAAACAAAUCUCAAUUUCUCCCCACUGCCACAGUUUAACAGUGCAAAUUAAUCACAAGUUGGGCCAAAAAAACCUAUCCUAGAUCUAAGUUCAGUUUUGCUUUGCAGGUCACUGUUAAGUUACAUAAAUUUAACUUUUUUGCAUAGCUGUUUCUUUUAAAGCUAAAAUUAAGUGUGAAAGAGAAUUGGAAAUUUUGUUUCUAACAGAGGACACUUCAGUUGUCAGAAGUGUGCAGGUGUUUCCCCCUUGUCUUCCACUUUUAUCUCUUAGUUCAUUUGCUGUUUUCUCAAGAUCACUUACCUCUGAGAGUACUCCAGAUUACUGUCAAGAGACCAGAGCAGAGAACAGAAGAGGAAGACAAGUUUGCAAAAGAACUGCUUGCAGGAGAUAAAAAGCUCUCAAAGUUACAGCUGAAGAUUGCAAUUUCUUAUGGCUGAAAUGGCUCACUUUAUAUGGUAAAUUUUUUUUUUUUUUAAUAUACUACUUUUUAAUUGUUGAUUUUGUUUCUAUUUAUGCUCUGAGCUCACAUCUAAUAAAAGCUGGAAUGGUAA